AUGCCGUCCGCCUACGUUCCCGGAUUCCGGGUCAUUCAACAACUAUUCCGAGAAGUAAAACGAGAAACUGCUACCGAGUCACGCGAAAAUCGGAUUAAAACUAUCAAAACGCCAGCAAGCAUCGAUCCUUUUGCUCGUACUGAGCGACAGCUGUAUUUGUUAAAGGGGAAUGUGGAGCGAUUGUUGAAUUAUCACUUGACGACGCAAGGCGACUCAUCGGUAUCACGAAUUGAGGAGAUUUAUCCCGAGGAUGAAGAGGAAUGA